GAGCUGCUGAACCGGAUCUUCGACGACAUCGAAGCUUUCGUGGGCAAACUGCAGAAAUCAGCCGAGGCCUUUCGGAUCCUGGAGCAGCUGAAACGGUCGGGCCGGGGGCGCCGCCGGGAGCCGGGGGAGGGGCUCCUGACCCUGCGGGCCCGGCCACCCCCCAUGGAAGAGUUCGAGGACACCCUGGCCAAGAUGAAAUAUUCCUUCAGCCUCCUGGCAAGACUCCAGUCAAACAUCUCAAAUCCCACUUCGGAGGAGCUGGUUCACUUCCUGUUUGGCCCCCUGAAAAUGGUGGUGGAGUCGUCGGGGGGCCCAGAGUUCGCCAGCGAGAUCCGCUCCCCCAUGCUGACCCUGGAGGCCGUCACCCUGCUGCGGGGCUGCCUGGGGGCCCAGGACGCCAAGCUGUGGGGCUCGCUGGGCGACAAUUGGACCCGGCCCCGGGUGGAGUUCCCCGGGGACUACGCCACCCCUUAUACCCUGACCUUCCAAAGCGGUUGGGUCCCGCCCCGCCUGGGCCCCGACGGGCAGCCCUGGGAGGAUCCGGUGGAGACCCAGCACCGGCAUGAAGUGCGCCGGGCGCAG